AUGAGUGGUCUUUCCGAAUACAAGUACCAGCUGGAAUCGUCUUCUGGUUCUGAAUACCGCCUGGACUCCCUGCUGGAACCCUAUGAUUCCAAAGAUGAAAACUUUUAUUCUGAUGAUGAGGAAUUGGAGGGGCUUGGGUUUACAAGCGACUACUUCUUGCAAUUGAUGGCUCUGAGCGAGGCGAAGCAUUAUGUGAAGGUACUGGCGUGUGAAGUUUUGACAGACUACCUCUUCUUUGCCAACCCCCCCCCGCUGAAAGCUUACUGA